AUGCCCCCCAUAUCCAACGAAUCCCACACGAACGGAACGAACGGUGUACACAGCGCGAACGGGGUGAACGGCGCUUCGGGGACCUCGCGCCCAUUGACGCCCGGCAUCUUCGCCCCCAUCCCCACAUUCUUCCACGCCGACACGGAAGAGCUUGAUUUGGAAGCAUUCACCACGCACGUCGUGCGUGUGGCCAAGGCAGGCGUCCGGCCCCUGCUCGCGGGUUCUAUGGGCGAGGCCCACCACCUGACGCACGCCGAACGCCUCAUCCUCAUCACAGCCGCGCGACGCGCCCUCGACAGCGCUGGGCUGAAAGACGUGCCCAUCGUUACCGGGACCGGUGCGGGCUCCACCCGCGAGACGGUCGAGCUGUGCAAGCAGGCGUCGGUCGCGGGCGCGGACUACGCGAUCGUCAUCCUGAGCGGAUACUACGCUGGGGCGCUCGCGACGAACCGGGCGGCCCUAAAGGCGUUCUGGGCGGAGGUCGCUGAGAAGAGCCCGCUCCCCGUGAUCAUCUAUAACUACCCUGGCGCGAGCGGAGGCAUCGACCUCGACUCGGACCUCAUCACGGAGCUCGCGACGGAGUGCCCCAACCUCACGGGCGUGAAGCUCACAUGUGGCAACGUAGGAAAACUCACCCGCAUUUGCGCUACUGUCUCCGAGCCAUCCUUCGCGGAGAAAUAUCCGCGACGGAAGGCACACGCGCCGUUCCUCGUGCUCGGCGGGUUCAUCGACUUCCUCCUGCCGUCGACGUUCGUCAAUGCUCACGGGGCCAUCACCGGCCUCGCUAACGUCGCGCCCUACACGAUCCAGAGGCUCUACGAGCUCUCCGAAGCAGCGCUCAAGGACCCGGCCCUCCUGCCUGAGGCACAGCGCCUCCAGGGCGUCGUGGCACGCGCCGACUUCACGAUCGCGAAGGCGUCCAUCUCCGGCACGAAGGCGCUCCUGGAGAAGCUCUAUGGGUACGGUGGGAGCCCGCGCAGGCCCCUGCCGCCGAUUGAGCCGGAAGCCGUGGCCGCGCUGUGGGCGCACCAGCAUACCCAGGACAUCGUGCGAGUAGAGCGUGAGCUGAGUGGUAAGGUCGCGAGUGCAUGAAUGGCGCGCGGGGCGCGCGACGCGGGGGAUGUUGGUCGAUGAGGACGGGUAUGGGCGCCUGUGUGACGAGACAUGUUAUGAUAGCUGGAAUGAUCUUCAAGUUGUAUUAGUAUCAAGUACGGAAAAAAUGACUAAGCGCCGCGGAGGCAUCUGUGAA